AUGCGCGUGUCCCAGGGUGAGAGGCGAGCGCAGUGGCCGCCGUCGCGAUACGGCGCGCCAACUGAGAACAUGCCUACACAUGGAGCCGCGGAAGAAUUCAUCACCCUCCACAAGGACUACGCAGAACUCUUUGCCUGCGCAGAGUCCUCCUGUGCCCUCUGCAUGUACUUUGCACGGGAGCUGUACUACUCUCCGCACAGUGGGGCCAUCGACUCUGCCUUCGACAGCCAGAGCGCCACCGCGUUUAAGGUGAAGCUCCUCGGAGGCUUUCCCGCAGCUUUGACCUGGAGUGUCGAUGAUGACGACGCGCCUUGCGAAAUGAAGCUGCGCGCGAAAUGGCUGCAUCAUGGAUGGGGAUCCAUCAGUUGGCCCGCCCACGAGAUCGCAGACCGCAAUCUACGAGUAGCGGGCCCAGAUGCGCAAGAGCUCCUGGGUCUUUCGCUCCGGUGGUUGGUGGACUGUCUCUACGACCAUCAAGAGUGCGGACGCCGGGCUGUCGAUACCGGGCCGUUCCUGCCCACCCGCCUCCUCGAUGUGGGAGAGGCUGGACAGCAAGAGAUACGCCUCGUGCUUUGUGAGGACCUCCUCGCAGAAGAGCAGUACGAGUACGUCACGUUGAGCUAUUGCUGGGGAAGAGCGAAUCGCGCUGCACACACCACGGUUGAGAACUUGGCCGAGCGACUGCACACGAUCCGUCUUGCGUCGCUGCCCGAAACCAUCCGAGACGCGGUUGCGAUCACGCGUGCUCUGGACGUGAGAUAUCUGUGGGUUGACGCGCUGUGUAUCAUUCAGGUCGACCAAGGCGACAACGAAGAUUGGCAGCGCGAGUCAGCUAACAUGGGCAAGAUCUAUGGCACUUCGGUACUCACUAUCGCCGCGAGCGGAGCGGCUGAUAGCAGCAAAGGCUGCUUUCACAGAACGCCAGUAGCCAGCUGGCCGGCCAGAAACCACAUCCUGACCCAGCAUCAAGUUCCGCAGUUGACCCGGAGAAACGACAUAGUGCUGGAGGCAUCGCUGCCGAAAUGGACCGCGGCUGUGGAGCGGUCUGCGCUUGCAAGACGUGGUUGGGCGCUGCAGGAGCGCAUGCUCGCAUCUCGGAAGCUGUUCUGGACCGCAGACGGCCUCUUCUGGGAAUGUGGGGAGCUGCGAGCGUCCGAAUACGGGCCUAUCGAACUGGACCUGGAUGAGUUUCCAACACUACUGGAACUGGCUGCCAGCAUCCAAGGUCGCAGCUCUCUGUGGCAGAGAAAUGCUUGGGCUCGACUUGUGGAAGAGUACUCUCGAAAGGCACUCACAGUAGCUACAGAUAGACUGUCGGCCGUGUUGGGCCUGGGCAGAACGCUUUCAGACCUGACGGAUCAGAAGUACGAAAUGGGCUUGUGGACCAACAACGUAGUACGAGAGUUGGCGUGGCAUGCAGUGAGUGAUCCUGAAGGGUCUAGAAUCUCGAGCGUGCCUUCUUGGUCGUGGGCAUCGACGACGCAGGCGGUGGGCUUCCAACCUCGUCAGAGCGAAAUCACGUGUAGCGCCCUAGCUACAGUGUCCAUCAGCAACGGCCAGAUCCAAGUCCGUGGUCAGCUGGGUCGACUCCGGUUGACACCCCUAGAUGACCGAGCUUUCAUUUUCAGUUUCGAUGCAGAUGAUCCCCACCUGAUCAGAGCGCAUCCUCGGGACGAAUUGGACGAAUUGGAUGUGGAUAGAAAGCACGGGUUGUUCAUACAAGACAUUCUCGAGGAUGGGCCUGUUCAAGGCGACGGGGCCUUUGAGUACAUCUCGUGGAUACGCUGGAAAUAG